AACGCUGCCCCCCGGGGCUACAAAAUCGAGCGAACCUUUACUCUGGCGUGUCCUUACGUAGCUGCGUCACUCCUAUUUGUUCCUUCCCGGUGCGUGCAAGGCGUCUGCUAUCAACUCACAGAAAUCAUGGCGUCCCUAUCCAUGGCCCCAGUGAACAUCUUCAGGCAAGGAGCCGACGAGGAGAAAGCUGAGACCGCCCGUCUGUCGUCCUUCAUCGGUGCCAUCGCCAUUGGAGAUCUGGUGAAGAGUACCUUGGGACCAAAAGGAAUGGACAAGAUCCUUAUCGGAGGUGGCAGGGAGGGAACUGUUACAGUCACCAAUGAUGGGGCCACCAUCCUCAAAGCCAUCGGAGUGGACAACCCCGCUGCCAAAGUGUUGGUUGACAUGUCCAAGACCCAGGAUGAUGAGGUUGGAGACGGCACCACCUCUGUCACGGUAUUGGCUGCUGAACUGCUCAGGGAAGCUGAGCUCCUCAUCGCCAAGAAGAUCCACCCUCAGAUAAUCAUCUCUGGCUGGAGGAAGGCCACCCAGACAGCCCGCCAGGCUCUGAAGGAGGCUGCUGUGGAUCAUGGUAACGACCAGGUGAAGUUCCAGGAGGACCUCCUGAACAUCUCCCGCACCACCCUGUCGUCCAAGCUGCUGACCCACCACAAGGACCACUUUGCCAAGCUGGCCGUGGAGGCCGUGCUCCGGCUGAAGAGCUCCGGUAACCUGGAGGCCAUCCACGUCAUCAAGAAGCUCGGAGGCAGCCUCAUCGACUCCUACCUGGACGAAGGCUUUCUGCUGGACAAGAAGAUUGGUGUGAACCAGCCCAAGAGGCUAGAGAACGUCAACAUCCUCAUCUCCAACACUGGCAUGGACACCGAUAAGAUCAAGAUCUUCGGCUCCAGAGUGCGUGUGGACUCCACGGCCAAGGUGGCGGAGAUAGAGAUGGCUGAGAAAGAGAAGAUGAAGGAGAAGGUGGAACGGAUCCUCAAGCACGGGAUCAACUGCUUCAUCAACAGACAGCUGAUCUACAACUACCCAGAGCAGCUGUUUGCUGCGGCAGGCGUCAUGGCGAUAGAACACGCGGACUUCUCCGGAGUGGAGCGCCUGGCUCUCGUCACGGGGGGAGAGAUCACGUCCACCUUCGACCACCCCGAGCUGGUGAAGUUGGGCCACUGCAAGCUGAUCGAGGAGGUGAUGAUCGGCGAGGACACUCUGAUCCACUUCUCAGGAGUGGCCAUGGGUGAGGCGUGUACCGUGGUGCUGCGUGGAGCCACACAGCAGAUCCUGGACGAGGCCGAGAGGUCUCUCCAUGAUGCCCUGUGUGUCCUGGCUCAGACCGUCAAGGAGACACGUACCGUCUACGGAGGAGGCUGCUCUGAGAUGCUGAUGGCCAAGGUGGUGACAGACCUGGCUCUCAGGACACCGGGCAAAGAGGCUGUGGCCAUGGAGUCCUUCGCCAAAGCUCUUCGGAUGCUGCCCACCAUCAUCGCAGACAACGCCGGCUACGACAGUGCCGACCUGGUGGCCCAGCUGAGAGCUGCUCACCAGGAGGGGAAAACCACCAUGGGUCUGAAUAUGAACCAGGGUACCAUCGGUGACAUGUCAGAGAUGGGGGUGACGGAGAGCUUCCAGGUCAAGAGGCAGGUUCUGCUGUCUGCUGCCGAGGCUGCAGAGAUGAUCCUCCGCGUCGACAACAUCAUCAAGGCUGCGCCCAGGAAGCGAGUACCAGACCAUCACCCCUGUUAAUACCACCAGGAGGAAGAGGGGAGGGGGGGGGUGAGGAAGAGGAGAGAGGGGAACAGGAGUUGCUGGUAGGGGAAGGGGAACAGACAAAGCCCGUAUUUAUGAUACUCCUGUCCAAGGCUGUGUACCAUACGUCACUUUGAAAUAAAAAACCCUGAUGUGUUUCUGUACCGUUGUCCCAAAAUCACAGCUUCAGUCUCUUUUGGUUAGUCUAAAUGCUCCUUUUAGUCUGUCGGGGUGUGUUACAAACCACUGCAGAGGCCAGACUGUCAACGCACUUGACAUCUCAUGCAGAUGGCUGUAUGGACAUGUGUGUUUGUUUGUUUGUUUACUGAAAUAAUAAUAAAUAAAAAAGUCACUCUGAA